AUCAGAAAUCUGUAAACAAGAGAACUGUCACUGCCGGGCGUCAAAGGAGGCCAUUGAAAACAAGUGAUAAACACACGAAGAUACAAGUCCCGUUUUCUAUUAAAAAACUAAAAAAACUAACGCCCCUAGUGUAGAAAAUAUCAUCGAAAAAUAAAGAUGACUAAUCCCGUUCUAACGGCUGAACUGGCUCUAAAGAGCUUCUACAUUUUUAAUUCAGCUUUCGGACCCAAAGAGGGCGAGGAGGAGAAGAAGGUGCUCUUCUACCAUCCACAGGAUACGGAUAUCGAUACGAAAAUAAAGGACGUUGGUUUGAGCGAAGCCAUCAUAAAGUUCAGCAACACCUUCACCAAAGAUGACAGCGUGCAGACGAUGCACACGCAGAAGACGUGCCAGUUCUACUACCAGCCCGAACCCGGCUACUGGAUGAUCAUGACGCUGAGCGUACCGUUCGAUCGGAAAACGCGCGACUCGGGCGACUACAACGAGUACCAUGGCGACACGAUACACGACACCAUCUACCAGUCCGUGCUGCGCCAGGCCUAUCGCAUGUUUCGCAUGUUUCACGGCACCUUCCAGGACAACCUGCGGCCGAACGAGGAGCUGGACGCGCAGGCGAACCUGAUCGGCCGGCUGGAAGCGUUCUACCAGAGCUACAUACUGCACCUGCAGAUGAAACGGUGUGACGUGGUGGAUGCGUUCGGCAGCGUACAGUACCUGCCACUGAACCAGCUGCUCUUUCUGCGGGUACAGAACUUUAUCAACAUGAUCGAGGCCACGUUCGCGCCGAUCAAGCACUGCAUCUUCCUGUACAGCGACCAGGUGGUGUGGAGCGGCAUCAACCCGACCGAUCUGUACACGCUGUACGAGUACUUUCACAGCCCGAUGUUCGACCAGCUGGCACAGUCGAAGCAGACGCGCCCCGCCUACGUGACCGAGCAGGGCAAAUGCAAGCGCUACACGCUGAUGGUGUGCCGGAAGGUGCAGAACAUUUCCCUCUGCCUGCUGCUCGACGACGGUGCGGUCGAGAACGAGCAGUCGCUGUACCUGGAGCUGAAUGCGGUGGUAAACCCGCAGCUGACGGCCAUCUCGUCCGACAUUAGCCAGCAUUUGCAGAGCGGCGGUGAGUCGAGCUACAGCUUUGGCUGUGGGGGCGGCAGCAGUAGUAGCAGCAGCAGCAGCAGGGACGAUUCGUCCCCAAAGUUUAUCUUCUUCAACGAGCUGAACCUGCAGCACCGGGGCACGGUACGGUUGGGCCAGGCGCAGUACCAUUCCGUCACCGGCAGUGGGCUUCCGAACGAUGUGAUGAACCUGAUCGUCGACCUGCUGGACGACGUGCGCAGCAACCGGUCGAGCGUGAUGGACGAGACGAUCGUGAAGACGCACGACGACUACUGGAUCGUGAAGCGCAGCUGCAACACGCGGCACGUCUUCAUCAUCCUCAACAAAAGCUCCACGCUUAUCGACGUGACGGAGGAGACGAAGAAGAUACUGGACCAGCAUGUAAAGGGUAUCUUUUUCUAGUGCUUCCCCCGGAGGGAGAGGUCGUUGUUGCGAGGAUGUUACACCAAUUAUAUUUUAUACCUUGCAUCAAAUGCUUGAUUCCAUCUAAUCGAAAGUCAACAGAUAGCUAAUAAAAUAUACCCCGUAAGCAAUCGAGAACAAAUAAAACAAUGGCGAGUGUUA